AUGGCCAUUUCUACUACGGCUGUUGCCGGAACCUGCAUCGCAUUCUCAUUCACCCUAUUCGGCAAUGCCGUGACGCAGACAUUCAUGGGCGUCCCGGCCGUCAUAGUCGACUUCCCGCCGCCGUCGUCGCCCGAGCACGCCGCCCGCGCUCGCCUGCUCGGCCGGCAGUGGCCCGUGUUCUGGGCCGUGGGCAACCGGUUCUUCCGCCCGAUCAGCACGAUCGGCCUCUUCGGCUACGCCUACACGUCGUGGGCGAGCGCGUCCCAGGGGCCCGGCGGCAGCCUGGGCGGCUGGGGGCCCUACGCGGUCUCGGCGCUGUGCCAUCUCGUCACCGUCGUGCACUCGGCGCUCAACAUGAUGCCGCUCAACGAGAAGCUCAACGCUCUAGGCGAUCCAGGGGGCAGCGCGGAUCCCGAGCAGGCCGAGAGCUACGCCCGCCAGUGGAUCAGGUUCAACAUCGUCCGUGUCGUUAUGCCGGCCGUUGCCGGGUCGGUGGCGUUGUUUCAGAUAUUAAGGAAGCGUUAA